ACUCACUCUCUUCCACACCACUCUAAAACAAAGCUUCCAACUCUUUCAGCUCAGAAAAACCAAAAACCUCCACACAGCUCAGCCAUGGCCGUGUUGGUGUUCCUCAUUUUCUUCCUCACGCUCCUAUCCACCUCCCUCCCCGCCGAAUCCAGACUCUACACUAACUUCUACGACAAGUCGUGCCCGAGAUUCACCCAGAUUGUCCAGGACAUUGUCACCAACAAGCAGAUCUCCACCCCCACCACGGCCGCCGGAACCCUCCGCCUCUUCUUCCACGACUGCAUCCACAACGGCUGCGACGCCUCCAUCCUGGUCUCCUCCACCCCCUUCAACAAAGCCGAGCGCGACGCCGACAUCAACCUCUCCCUCCCCGGCGACGGCUUCGACGUCGUAGUCCGCGCCAAGACCGCCCUCGAGCUCGCCUGCCCCAACACCGUCUCCUGCGCCGACAUCCUCGCCGUCGCCACCCGCGACCUCGUCACCAUGAUGGGCGGCCCUUACUACAACGUCCCCCUCGGCCGCCGCGACGGCAAGUCCUCCCGCGCCGCCGCCGUCGAGGGCACCCUGCCCCGACCCGCCAUGCCCGUCUCCCAGCUCAUCCGGGUCUUCGGAUCCAGAGGCUUCUCGGUUCAGGAAAUGGUCGCCCUCAGCGGGGCCCACACCAUCGGAUUCUCCCACUGUACGGAGUUCACCUCCGCGAUCUACAACUACAGCCGGGAGUCGCAGUCCGACCCGGAGUACAACCCGAGAUACGCGGCCGGGUUGCGGAAUGCAUGCGCCGAUGUCCAGAAGAACCCGACUUUGUCGGUGUUUAACGACGUUAUGACGCCGAACAAGUUCGACAAUGCGUAUUUCCAGAACCUUCCGAAAGGAUUGGGGCUGUUGAAGUCGGAUCAUGCUCUGUUUAACGACCCGAGAACGAGGCCGUUUGUGGAGCUUUAUGCCAAGGAUCAGAACAGCUUCUUCUACGCGUUUGCGAGAGCCAUGGAGAAGUUGAGUGUGUAUGGGAUUCAGACUGGGAGGAAAGGAGAGAUUAGGCACAGAUGCGAUGAGUUUAAUUAAAUUAAAGGAAAGAACUUUGGUUAGUUACAUUGUUGGUUUUGAAAGUUGUUGAAUUGAGUAUGGUAAAUUGAGCUCUGUAUACAUGUUUUUGUAUUAUUAAGCUGAUCAUAAUUUGUACGUUGAGCUUCAAAAUAUAUAUAUACAUAUAUAUUCAUUCUGUGAGUC